GAUGAAAGUGAUCCCAUUUUGGAUGAUUGCAAUGGCGUUCCUUUGGUGUGCCAUUGAUGUGUGCCGCGGUGCUUUACUUACAACAGCCUGCCUGCAGUUUGAGGAAGAUUACAACUUCAAGGAGGAUAAGUUUACUGGCAUUUGGUACGAGGUGCGGCGCCUGAACGAUCCAUCCGACGCACAGCACGAGGAUUGUGUGGUGAUGAACUAUAAGCUCGCGGCAAAGGGAAGCUUCGAUAUGCUCCAAUCGUACCAGAUCGGAGAUGAGAGUGAACCGAUCUAUCGGGGCGGAUCAGCGCAGCCGAAAGUUUUCCAGGACGCUCGGAUUCCUAAAUUUUACACGCGCUUCAACACGACCAAUCCUGCCGAUCCCGACACAUCGAUCGACAUCGUAGCGACGGACUAUAGCAGUUACGCGGUCGUGUACUCUUGCACCUCGAUCAAUUCUACGCAUCACAAGGAAACGGCCUGGGUACUAUCGCGACAACCGGCACUGGCGAAGAAUGUGGUCGAGCUGGUAAACCUCUUCCUCGAGACGCGGUUCACCCGGGAAGAUCAUAAAUGGCGCGCCACGGUACAGACGGCCGACUUCUGUAAGCCUACGCUGGUGGAAGAUUUGCCCACGCAUAGUGUGGCCAGUCGCGUCCUGUGUAGCAUCCCGCUCGCUGCACUGUUUGGAGUGUUGUUGGUGAAACUAUUCCACCUAGCAUUUUAG